CGGUGACGGCAUCCGCGCGCGCCGCGCUGGGGCUCAGAGCCUGACUGUCUCGCGGGGGGACUGCACUCACACCGGAGCAGGGCAGGGAACAGCCUUCCCUCGACAUGGGGCUGGAGGCCCAGAGGCUGCCAGGGGCUGAGGAGGCCCCAGUGAGGGUGGCCCUUCGAGUCCGCCCAUUGCUGCCCAAGGAGCUGCUGCACGGGCACCAGAGCUGCCUGAGGGUGGAGCCGGGGCACGGCCGGGUCACUUUGGGCCGGGACCGCCACUUUGGCUUCCACGUAGUGCUGGACGAGGACACCGGGCAGGAGGCUGUGUACCAGGCCUGCGUGCAACCCCUCCUCGAGGCUUUUUUUGAGGGCUUCAAUGCCACCGUCUUUGCCUACGGUCAGACAGGCUCCGGGAAGACGUACACCAUGGGGGAGGCCAGUGUGGCCUCUCUUCACGAGGACGAGCAGGGCAUCAUCCCACGGGCCAUGGCUGAGGCCUUUAAGCUGAUUGAUGAGAAUGACCUUCUUGACUGUCUGGUGCACGUGUCCUACCUGGAAGUGUACAAGGAGGAGUUCCGAGACCUGCUGGAGGUGGGCACCGCCAGCCGUGACAUCCAGCUUCGGGAAGAUGAUCGUGGGAAUGUUGUGCUGUGUGGAGUGAAGGAGGUGGACGUGGAGGGCCUGGAUGAGGUGCUGAGCCUCCUGGAGAUGGGCAAUGCAGCACGGCACACGGGGGCCACACACCUCAACCGCCUCUCCAGCCGCUCACACACUGUGUUCACCGUGACCCUGGAGCAGCGGGGGCGCGCCCCCAGCCGCCUCCCCCGACCUGCCGCGGGCCAGCUGCUCAUCUCCAAGUUCCACUUCGUGGACUUGGCGGGCUCAGAGAGGGUGCUCAAGACGGGCAGCACAGGCGAGCGGCUCAAGGAGAGCAUCCAGAUCAACAGCAGCCUCUUGGCGCUGGGCAACGUCAUCAGCGCCCUGGGUGACCCCCAGCGCCGUGGCAGCCACAUCCCCUACCGGGACUCCAAGAUCACCCGGAUCCUCAAAGACUCCCUGGGCGGGAAUGCCAAGACAGUGAUGAUCGCCUGCGUCAGCCCUUCCUCCUCGGACUUCGACGAGACUCUCAACACCCUGAACUACGCCAGCCGUGCCCAGAACAUCCGCAACUGCGCCACUGUCAACUGGCGGCCUGAGGCCGAGCGGGCGCCCGAGGAGGCAGCCGCUGGCCCGCGGGGGCCGCCUAGACACCGCUCGGAGACGCGCAUCAUCCACCGGGGCCGGCGCGCCCUGGGCCCCACCGCCGCGGCUGCCGCCCGCCUUGGCGCCGAGUGCGCUCGCUACCGGGCCCGCACCGACGCCGCUUACAGCCUCCUGCGCGAGCUACAGGCCGAGCCUGGGCUGCCUGGCGCCGCCGCCCGCAAGGUGCGCGACUGGCUGUGCGCCGUCGAGGGUGAGCGCAGCGCCCUAAGCUCUGCCUCCGGGCCUGACAGCGGCAUCGAGAGUGCCUCCGCCGAGGAGCAGGCCAUGCAGGGACCCGGCGGACGAAAGGUGGCCAAGGGUCAGGAAGAUGAGGGGGCACUGCAGCUGCUGGCCCUGCAGAGCCAGGUGGCCCGGCUGGAGGAGGAGAACCGAGACUUUCUGGCUGCGCUGGAGGACGCCAUGGAGCAGUACAAGCUGCAGAGCGACCGUCUUCGUGAGCAGCAGGAGGAGAUGGCAGAGCUGCGGCUGCGGCUGGAGCUGGUGCGGCCUGGCUGGGGGGCCCCAGGGCUCUUGCAGGGCUUUCCUCCUGAGUCCAUAAUGCCCCGGCCUCACACAGCCCCCCUGGGGGGUGCCCACACCCAUGUGCUGGGCAUGGUGCCCCCUGCUUGCCUUCCUGGAGAUGAAGUUGGCCCUGAGAAUUGGGGAGAGCAGGGCGUUGUUGGUGAGAUAAAACUUGGUGCAGAUGACCUGUAUACGAGACAGAAAGGACCAGUUGUCCCCCGAGGAGUGCCAGUGACAAAUGGCGGGGAGAUUGGAGCCAAGUUGCUGGCAGAGGGAGAGAGGCUGGGAAGUGGCUCUUCAGCUGCAUCAGAGGAAGAGGAGGAGGGGGGGGAGGAGGAGCCACCCCGACGGAUCCUGCACCCAUGCAGGAAUAGGAUCAGUAAGGGGAGCCAGAGGAUGGGGGCCCUCCCAGGGAGUCCACUCAACAGGAAGGGCCCAGAGCUUCGCCUGGAGGAGCUGGGUGCAACCAUCCUGGGGCACAGAGUGGUUGGUGGGAGCCAGGCCCUGGUUCGGCCCCACCAGGCCCCUACUGCCAUGGCCUCUGAGUGGCGGCUGGCCCAAGCCCAGCAGAAGAUCCGUGAGCUGGCCAUCAACAUCCGCAUGAAGGAGGAGCUCAUAGGCGAGCUGGUCCGCACAGGGAAGGCGGCCCAGGCCCUGAACCGCCAGCACAGCCAGCGCAUCCGGGAGCUGGAGCAGGAGGCAGAGCGGGUGCGGACUGAGCUGAGUGAAGGCCAGAGGCAGCUGCGGGAGCUUGAGGGCAAGGAGCCCCAGGACGCCAGCGAGUGUUCGCAGCUCCAGGAGUUCCGCAAGAGGGUUGCUGCCGCUCAGAGCCAAGUGCAGGUGCUGAAGGAGAAGAAGCAGGCGACAGAGCGGCUGGUGUCGCUGUCGGCCCAGAGCGAGAAGCGGCUGCAGGAGCUGGAGAGGAAUGUGCAGCUCAUGCGGCAGCAGCAGGGGCAGCUGCAAAGGCGGCUUCGUGAGGAGACAGAGCAGAAGCGGCGCCUGGAGACAGAGAUGAACAAGCGGCAGCACCGUGUCAAGGAGCUGGAGCUGAAGCACGAGCAGCAGCAAAAGAUCCUGAAGAUCAAGACAGAAGAGAUUGCGGCAUUUCAGAGGAAGCGGCGCAGCGGCAGCAACGGCUCUGUUGUCAGCCUGGAGCAGCAGCAGAAGAUUGAGGAGCAGAAGAAGUGGCUGGACCAGGAGAUGGAGAAGGUCCUACAGCAGCGGCGGGCGCUGGAGGAGCUAGGGGAGGAGCUCCACAAGCGGGAGGCCAUCCUAGCCAAGAAGGAGGCCCUGAUGCAGGAGAAGACGGGGCUGGAGAGCAAGCGCCUGCGGUCCAGCCAGGCCCUCAACGAGGACAUUGUGCGUGUGUCCAGCCGGCUGGAGCACCUGGAGAAGGAGCUCUCCGAGAAGAGCGGGCAGCUGCGGCAGGGCAGCGCCCAGAGCCAGCAGCAGAUCCGUGGGGAGAUCGACGCCCUGCGCCAGGAGAAGGACGCGCUGCUGAAGCAGCGGCUGGAGAUUGACGGCAAGCUGAGGCAGGGCAGCCUGCUGUCGCCUGAGGAGGAGCGGACGCUGUUCCAGCUGGACGAGGCCAUCGAGGCCCUGGACGCUGCCAUCGAGUACAAGAACGAGGCCAUCACGUGCCGCCAGCGGGUGCUGCGGGCCUCGGCCUCCUUGCUGUCCCAGUGCGAGAUGAACCUCAUGGCCAAGCUCAGCUACCUCUCAUCCUCGGAGACCAGAGCCCUACUCUGCAAGUACUUUGACAAGGUGGUGACGCUCCGAGAGGAGCAGCACCAGCAGCAGAUUGCCUUCUCGGAGCUGGAGAUGCAGCUGGAGGAGCAGCAGAGGCUGGUCUAUUGGCUGGAGGUGGCUCUAGAGCGGCAGCGCCUGGAGAUGGACCGCCAGCUGACCCUGCAGCAGAAGGAGCAUGAGCAGAACAUCCAGCUCCUCCUCCAGCAGAGUCGAGACCACCUUGGUGAAGGGUUAGCAGACAGCAAGAGGCAGUAUGAGACCAGAAUUCAGGCUCUGGAGAAGGAGCUGGGCCGCCACAUGUGGAUCAACCAGGAACUGAAACAGAAGCUCAGUAGUUUGAAUGCUGCGGGCCAGAGCAGGGUGACAGGUGGGGAGAAGAGGACCCUGUGCCCGGAGAACAGACAAGCCCCUGGAAGUGAAGACGAGCCCCACCCGGCACCUGAGCCUCUGUGGCAGCCCCCCGUCACUGAGGGUGUGCCCCGCGCCCGUGAGGAGAUGCGGGACUUGGUACAUGCCCCGUUACCAUUGACAUGGAAACGCUCGAGCCUGUGCAGCGAGGAGCAGGGUUCCCCUGAGGAGCUACGGCAGCGGGAGGCCGCUGAACCCUUGGUGGGGCGGAUGCUACCUGUGGGUGAGAUGGGUCUGCCCCGGAACCUUGGGCCCUUCCCCAAGCCCCGGCGGGAACUGCGAAGGACCAGCCCAGGGAUGAUUGAUGUCAGAAAAAACCCCCUGUAGGCUCUUGGGGCAGAGCUGGGCUUGGAGGGAGAUGUGGAGCCUGCUGAAAGUUGUGAUGUCAAUGCUUCCUUCUGGGAAGGAGUCCUUACCUCAAACUCUAAAUCAGGUCCUGAUUUUUCUAAUUGGAGUCAACAAAUUUGGGCCACAGCCCAGAACUGUUUAAAAAAGAUGCAGAUUCCUACCAUUCAUUUCCUUUAAGCUGCAAUACCCAAUUGCUACCUUCUGGCUUUUUAAAAAAUUUUUAUUUCAUAUUAGAGUAUAGGUGAUUUACAGUGUUGUGUUAGUUUCAGGUGUCCAGCAAAGUGAUUCAGUUAUACAU